AGAAGCCUCCCUAAUCACUUUUCUUUUCCUCUCCUCUUUGGGUGAUCCAGCUCUGCCCUGCCCCAUGUCUCCCUUCCACGAGUGCUGCCUGCCCGCAGGCCUGGCGUGCCCCGAGCCCUUUGCCGUGACCCGCAGUGACACCUGUGUCAUCAAGUACCCCGACACCGUGGUGGACAUCGUGGAGCCCGACUUUCCCCCCUACUCCGUCAUCUACCCCGGGCCCACACUGACCACCUUCCCCCAGCAGACCCUGGUGGGCUCCACGGCCUUGCUGGACAUCAGGAACUUCCUGGGCUCCCAGGGAUUCCAUGGGUUUGGGGGCCAACCUAAACCCUGCCUGGAUAUCUGUGGAUAGACUGAAAAGCACAACUGAGCGGUCAGACAGAGCCCGACUAAAGUUUAUGGAUAAUGGAUUGUAGAAGUGCCGAGCUCCCAAGGUUCCCAUGGAGUCCAUAAAUCCAGGGAUUCCUGGCACUAGACCUGCCCAAGGACUAGAAUUUCCAAACUACGAGAAAACUGAAAUUUCUCUAUUGACCUCAUUCCAAAUUAGGGCAAACCAAAGGCCAGCAUUUUCCAAGAAACCAGAAUUAAAAAAAAAUAUAUAUAUAUAUAUCUCUUUUUUUUCUUUUUUUUUUUUUUUUUGGUUUGCUAAAAGCUGUGUGUCAAUAAAUUCGUUUUUAUGCCAACACAGAUGUUUUAUUAUCAAUUUCUCUCAAAAAAAUUACAAAAUCCACCCAAACAAUAUGACUGAAAAUCUUGGAUUCUAAAAUGAAAUUUUACCCAAAUUCCUCUUCAUUUGCAAAUUUUGCUGAACCAGCAUUUAAAAAGAAAGAAAUAAAUCAGCUCUACUUGGCAUUUCUGAAAAUUAGGAAUUUGUAGCUCCUUGCUGUGCUUUCUUCCUGCUUAGUCCCAUUGUGUAACGCUCUCCCAGUUUCUUUUCCUUUCUUUAUCUCAUUUAAUGAAAGCCAGGGAAAAAAAAAAAAAAAAACAAAAUCAAAAUAUAUACAGCAAUUGUAAGAGCAAAUCUCUUUGCAAAAUCCUUCUGCUAAAAUCUGUGAAAAUCAUGGGAGUGGGGAUUUGUUGUGGACCCUCCUGGAAUUCUUUGAUUUUAUCCUUUCCAGAGAGUUUUGCACUUGUAAAUUGAGCUUCUCGUUCCCAUUAAAUGCUGUCAUGAAGAUGCA